AUGGGUCCCAUUCCCUCCAUCAUGAGUGGGCUACACGACCUACAAGCACUUGACUUGCACAAUAACUCACUGAAUGGGACACUACCAUCUUGGUUGUUGAAUCUUCCAUCAUUGACAGAAUUAAACCUGGGUAGUAAUCGACUAACUGGCCAAAUUCCUGAGUUCCAGCAUAAAUCAAAAUUGAUGUACAUUGACUUGAGUCAUAAUGAAUUACAUGGCCCCAUUCCACAAUCAAUUUCAAAUCUUGUGAAUUUGACCAAACUUGUUCUUUCGUCAAAUAAUUUUAGUGGUGUUGUGGAGCUAGAAACAUUCUUAAAUCUAAAAAAUCUUGAUGGUCUUGAUCUGUCAUACAAUGGUCUGUCAGUGAGCACCAUCAACAAUAUCAACAAUACCUUGCCUAAUCUUAGGUUCUUCCAUAUGACUUCUUGCAAGAUAAAGGAAUUCCCUGAUUUCUUUAAAGCCUUAGAGAAUGUCGAACAACUAGACAUUUCCAACAAUGAAAUUCGUGGGAAGAUUCCAAAAUGGGUUGGCGUCAUCGGGAAGGCUUCAUUGCGGUACUUGAAUCUUUCCCACAACUUUCUAACAGGUAUAAACCAAUUUCCUUGGAAGAAUCUUCACGUUCUUGAUCUUCGUUCCAACUUGAUUCAAGGACAACUUCCAGCUCCACCACUCUCUGUAUCUUACUUCCUCUUCUCAGAAAAUAAACUUACUGGAGAAAUUCCUUCUACAAUUUGCAAUGUGAGUUCCCUUUCCAUCCUUGACUUGUCUCACAACAACUUGAGUGGUGCAAUUCCACAAUGUUUGGGAUACUUCAGCAACGUUCUAUUUGUAUUAGAUCUGCAGUUCAAUGCCUUUCAGGGGAACAUCCCCAUGAUAUUUGGAAAGGGUAAUCAAUUGGAAAUUCUUAAUUUGAAUGGAAAUCAGUUUGAAGGACCAGUUCCACGAUCCUUAACCAAUUGUAGACAGUUAAAAGUUUUAGACCUCGGAAACAACAAGAUAAAUGACACUUUUCCAUACUGGUUGGGGACACUUCCAGAGUUACGGGUUCUUGUCUUGAGAUCCAACAAAUUUCAUGGUCCAAUAGACAAUUCCAAGCCAAACCUCUCUUUUCCCAAACUCCGAAUUGUUGACCUCUCCCACAAUAAUUUCACUGGCUAUUUGCCAGGGAGAUAUUUCAAAUUUUUCGAAGCUAUGAGGAAUAAGACUAUGCCAAAUGAAAAAUAUUUGACUGUUAGAUCGUAUUAUCAAGCUUCUAUUGCAGUGACAAUGAAGGGGUCAUAUAUUGAUUUAACGAGAAUUUUUACUCUUUUCACAGCAAUUGAUUUAUCAUCUAACAAAUACAGUGGAGAUAUUCCAAAUGUGAUCGGAAGGCUUACUUCUCUCAUAGUGCUUAAUUUAUCUCAUAAUAGCCUUACGGGCCUUAUUCCAUCAUCUUUAGGAGACUUGAUAGAGCUGGAAUCACUAGAUCUGUCUUCAAACCAGCUUAUUGAGAAAAUUCCUAACCAUUUAUUGAGUUUGACAUUUCUUGGGGUCUUUAACCUUUCAUGGAACCAUCUCGAUGGACCCAUACCUUGGGGCAAACAAUUUGAUACAUUUGGAAAUGAUUCAUAUGUUGGGAACUCCGGAUUAUGUGGGUUUCCAUUGUCAAAGGAAUGUAAAGAUAAUCAAUCACAAGUUCAGCCAGGGGUGCUAUUACAACAAGAAGAUGACUCAAAUUUUGUAAGUGGAUUUACUUGGGAAGCCGUGGUGAUGGGGUAUGGCAGUGGACUGGCAUUGGGAUUGUUUAUUGGAUUUCUCAUGUUCUUAACUGGAAAACCAAAAUUGUUUGUAAGAAUUGUUGAAAGGAAAAAGCAUAAAACGCUGAAAAUGUUGAGACAAGGUGGAAGAAGAAAUUAG